GCGCGGCGGCGCGGGCGGAGAGCGCACGGGAGGGCCGCCUGGGCGCCGCGGAGGGGCCGCGGCCGACCAAACGCUUUGUUCGUGGGUUGGUUUUCGCGCCCGCGGCGCGUGGGAGAGACGCGGGGCCCGUGUGGCGCGCGCAUCCUGAGGACCUGCGGGGGCGGCUCCGUCCCAGGCCCGCGGCGGGGGAGUCAGCGCUCUGUCCAGUGAGCCCGGAGCAGUCCCCGGACCGGCCUGGCCAGGCGCCCAGCAGAGACACCUGCGGGCCACAAGGCACAGAGCCUGGGGGGAUGUGGAAGCAACUGGGGAGCCGGCAAAGGGAAAAGGAAAGCGAAAGCCGCGGGCCCGGCCCGUGACAGGCCGAAGGCGCCGCGCCGCCCUCCCGACGCCGGCGGUACCCAGGCCUGCUCUAGUGGGCCUGCCUGGCUGAGCUCGGCGCGCCGCAGCCAUGGCCAUUGCCCACCUGGCCACCGAGUACGUCUUCUCGGACUUCUUGCUGAAGGAACCCUCGGAGCCUAAGUUCAAGGGGCUGCGGCUGGAGCUAGCCGUGGACAAGAUGGUCACGUGCAUCGCCGUGGGGCUGCCGCUGCUGCUCAUCUCGCUGGCCUUUGCGCAGGAAAUCUCGAUCGGUACCCAGAUAAGCUGCUUCUCCCCCAGUUCUUUCUCGUGGCGUCAGGCUUCCUUCGUGGACUCUUAUUGUUGGGCGGCCGUCCAGCAGAAGGACUCCUUGCGGGGCGACUCUGAAAACCUCCCAUUGUGCCUGCAUAAGUUUUUCCCCUACAUCCUGCUGCUGGUGGCAAUCCUCCUGUACCUGCCCUCCCUGUUCUGGCGUUUCACAGCUGCACCUCAUCUCUGCUCAGAUUUGAAGUUCAUCAUGGAAGAACUUGACAAAGUUUACAACCGUGCAAUCAAAGCUGCCAAGAGCGUCCGUGACCUUGACUUGAGAGAUGGUGCCUGCCCAGCUCCAGAAAACGAGAACAUGGGGCAAAGUUUGUGGGAGAUAUCGGAAAGCCACUUCAAGUAUCCUAUCGUGGAGCAGUACUUAAAGACAAAGAAAAACUCCAGUAAUCUAAUUGUCAAGUACGUUGGCUGCCGGGUGCUGUCACUGAGCAUUAUCCUGUUGGCCGGCGUCUACCUGGGCUAUUACUUUAGCCUCUCCUCCCUCUCGGACGAGUUCGUCUGCAGCAUCAAAUCCGGGAUCUUGAAAAACGACAGCACCGUCCCGGAUCAGUUCCAGUGCAAACUCAUUGCCGUCGGCAUCUUCCAGUUGCUCAGUUUCAUCAACCUGGUGGUGUACGUCCUGCUGGCUCCCGUGGUGGUCUACACGCUGUUUGUUCCAUUCCGGCAGAAGACGGAUGUCCUCAAAGUGUACGAAAUCCUGCCCACUUUCGAUGUUCUGCAUUUCAAGUCAGAAGGGUACAACGAUCUGAGCCUCUACAUUCUGUUCUUGGAGGAGAACAUUAGUGAACUCAAGUCCUACAAAUGUCUCAAGGUCCUGGAGAACAUUAAAAGCAGCGGUCAGGGCAUCGACCCCAUGCUCCUCCUGACCAACCUCGGUAUGAUCAAGAUGGACGUGGUCGAUGGCAAAAAUCCCAAGCCCGUGGAGAUGAUGGGAGACGAGCAGGGGGACCAGACGACAGAGCUCACAGAUUUGAAUGUACACGGUGAAACGAAAAUAAGUAACGGAGAGAAGAAUGCUCGACAGAGACUCCUGGAUUCUUCUUUGUGAGGAGUUUUUCCAUGAACUUCAAGAAGCGGGGACUUCAGGGACGUGGAAUUCGUUUUGGCUGAAGCACCUUGUCAGGUUCCCAGCUGGUUUCCAGUCAGUGGUUCUCGCUAGAGAUACUGAGCAUGUCUCACUGAGUCCCUGAUGAAAAAGUGGAAAAGAGUUCAGGAACUUCCUGUGAGACAGUGUGGAGAUAAGUCAGCCGCAGGGAGCACAGAUGCAGAAGUCCCAUCCGAUGGAAGGUGGGGAGACUCAUCGAAGUAAGAGUAGUAGCCCGUUCAGUGCCUCCGAGAAACACCUUUCUGUACAGAUGGUGGAAUGAGUCUUAGGGCUACUGGCAAGGAAGGGGUUCAGGAGGUUUUUUUGUUUUAUUUCAUAAAAUUAUAAUAAACGUGUCAGGGGACAAUUUAAUAUGAAUCUCCUCUGUGCCCCGAUGAAUGCUGGACAAGAAAGACUGUGGACCCAAGGGUGGACUGGCUCCUGGCCGUGUCCUAAGUUGGGAGAACGGCUGGAGUCUCGGUUCUUAUACACCAGGCUCUUGACCCUGCUACCUGUCAGCCUUCACCAACUGAAAUCCUCUGACGACCAUUUAAUGCACUCUGCUGCGGAGGGCAGCGGACCCAAGCACUGAAACCUCAUCAAUAAGACAGCAUUCAAAGGAUAUUUAUUGGUGACGUUUACACAGGAAAGGGUGCUUCUGAAAGAGCCCACUGGGGCGAAGCUGAACAUGCAAAACAGAUUAAUCCAGUCACUCGUCUGCAGGGCGUUCCCCUGUUGUCAGACGCAUUCGAAACAGGGUGUCACUUAAACCAAUUAGCAGAACACAGAAGGCUUGAAUCCUACCUGUUGUGAUCGGAAGGUAUAAAUGACAUCUGGCAGACGGAUGUGCUCGGAGCCAGAACCUAGCAGUUUAUUUUAUUUACGUUUAAGAACAUCUGCUAAAAAUUCAUUGUAAUUUAGAAUUCUACGGUGUCAGAGUUGAGGCCACUUGGGAAGAACAUUCUAGUAUUGACGGGGAAUUCUAGAAUAAAUGUCACAAAUGGGUAUAUAGUAUUUACAACACCCAGGCAUUAUUUCAUAAACAUUUAAGGCUGACUCAGUAUCAAAAAAAGUUUUGCACUUCUGAUCAUGUAAAUAAAGCCUAAUUAUGUUUACAUUUUAUACAAAAUUCUGAAAAAUGACACCUGUGGCCCUCCCUGUCUCUAUUCUUAGAAAGUUAAUACAUUGCUAGUGAGUGGCCCUUAUGAGCCUCAGUGUUCACAGCCAGCUUUUAGGGACAGUUGUUCACCUAAUCUAAUUACAUAAGCUGCUCUCUGCCUUUUGGAAUAUUCACAGAAGCAGAUUUCAUUUGUGCUUCUGUGAUGGUUUCUGAGAUGGAAAGCUAAUGAUAAAUAUCAAAGAUGCAAUCAGUGUUUUAAAUUAUUCUCACUGUGUGAUAUUUAUUACCGUUUAAUUAUAGUGUGACUUAGAAGUGUCAGUAACUUAAAUAAUCGAUUUUGCUAUGUUUUUAUAUCACUAUCUGAGACGUUUCGUCACACUUCUCUACACUGGUUUCUUUUUAUAAUUGGAAAAUUUUCUGAAAUAUAUUUUUCUAUGUUUUUUUUUUUAAACCUCAGCUUCUCUAUGGACGGCCCCUAAUUUGUAUUUUAAGUGGUAAAAGUAGAUACAUUAUCUUAGAAGACCAGGAACUCUCUAAGGCCUGUCACAUGUAAUUCUUUAAUCAGAGUUAAUAUAAUUGGAGCCCUUAUCCUCUGUGCACUGCCCUGUUCCUGCUCUCUGAGCUCCGGUAGGAUCUGUGAGGUCCCAAACAUAGGUACCAAGAGGAAGAGUGACCACAACACAGGCCCCUCCAGAAAACUCCCAGCAAAUGCUCUGUGCUCUUGGGAGAGAACCGUAUUGUUGUUCUGUUUCCCAUCAUCUCUAGCUGAUGGUUUGAGAUUCUAGUUAGUUUUUCCUAGCGUUUCUUUAGCCACGUCCCCCCAGGCUGAAGCCUGAACACAACAAUAACACAGACGCUGAUUCUGAACGGGAAGAGUGCCGGCCACCUUUUGUUUCUUACCUUGCAGGGGCGGGCACCACAAGCACUGUCCACAAAGUCAUGGCGCCCGGAGGCUGGCGUGGAUGUCUGCUCGUACACUUUGGCUUGGGAAAAAGCGUAUUUAGGAAAGUGAAUUCAUCUGCCUGCCCGUUGCUGGCUCAGAGGGAGCAGUACUUUCAUGGAGGCAGAUUUCUGAGGGUGAGGAGUCGCUCAUUGCUUUAUAAAAGGGGACAAACAGAUCCUAAACAACCACCCCACCCUAGGAGUCGCCGACUUUCGUUCUGGCCUAUCUUCCUAAUAAGCCACCACAAGGCCUCUGAGCCAGGCUCCUACGUUACACCAGCGUUGCCGCUGGGAUCCUUCUGACAGCAGUGUCCGGCUGCGCGUGGAAUUUUACCAAAGGACAAGCAGAGAUCCUCUAUACAGAGGCUCUUAAACUUUUGGGGGUUACAAACACCCUUGUAAAUACAUUUUUUUAAAACUAUAGACGCACCUCUCCGCCAGAUAACACACACAACACUACAUACCCCUUCAGGAGUCCUCGUGAUCCACGCAUCCAAGGUUUAGAAGCUGUGCUCUCGUGGCUGGGGACCGAGCCGCACGGUGGGGGAUCCAGGCUCCCGUGGCCCAUGUGGAAGGCUGCUACUUGCAACAGUGAGUCUCAACUGUACAUUGACUUAGUGAAAUCAUGUUUGCACGCUUUUGAGCGAACUGUCCCUUUUGAGUAACUGACUUCACUUUUGAGAGACUGAAAAAGUCGAGAGAGUGAGUGGGCGGCAGUGGCUUGGAGUUGGAGUGAUCAGGGGGCCGGCUUUGACUGCUGUUCUCUGGCCCCCAGGCAUGAUUACUCCAGACCCAAGCCACUGUCCAGGUGCGGCCUCCCUAGAAUGCAGGCACACACCUGCCCUGUAAGAUGGUCUGUCCUACAUGUAGUCAUCCAGGGAGAAGGUCAGAAGCGUCCCACGGUGUGGUGGGCUCUGAUGCAUGCUGGUGUUUCAUUUGUGGAAGAUUCCUGUUCUGAGUCCCCUCUCCCGUCCUUAGCACGGGCUCAGGUGGGAUGGCAGGGGACUGCAGGCCUUGUCCCUGGAAGAACUGCUUAGUUGUUAUAGGCGGAUUGUUUCACAGCUUUUUAAACGCACCCAUGUUCGGUUUCCUUUGCUUAUUGGUCCAGGAUAAAUCAGAGAUCUAUCAGGGUAGGAGUUUUAUCCACUGCUACAUUGCAGGCUCCUGCAAAACAAUGACUGGUGUGUACAAGCCUUUCUGUGAACAUCUGUUGAACAAAUGAAUGCCAUUAUGAUAAAUCCUAGUUUGUUGACUACAGUGAUUUGAUUUUAAAAGGCAAAUGGUUCUCCGCAGGACAGGGCAGGGGAGGCUCACUGAGCCUCUUGGUGGAGAGAGGAAUGUUUCUGCAGAUGAAUAGGUUUCCACAUGUACUGACAGUUCGUAGCUUUUUAUUGUGAAGUAAGCUGGGGUCACUUUACAAGUUCAAGACAAGUUCAGUGUUGCCUCCCAAUGAUUAGGGCAAUUGAAGUGAUAAAGUUCCUGGUCUUGUUAAUUUCCCAGAGUAACCUCUUGAAAAGGGAUGUUGAUUGAAAUGUACAAUUACCAGUAACUGAACUUUCAUCUGAGGGCACUGAGAUGAAAUGGCUCCUUCAGGGCAGUCAUUGGCAUCCCCGCCCUGUUUUUCACAAGUAAAGUGAAACCUUUCAAAAAGGUUGGUAAUGAUGAUAUUGUAUCAUUUGUGAAAUAUAGUAGAUGUUAAUCCGUGAUGGGUUUGUCCUGCUUGCUUUAGAUGAAAUGUAUUGUGUUUCCGGGUUCUCUUUUUAGCUGUAGAAAUACCUUGUCACUUAAAGCAUGCGGUUUGGUCAGUAAUUGUUCUUCAAGCUCCUGAGUGUUAUGAUAGUUUCUCAUGCCUUGAGUACUUCCCUGUGCCCAGGGAAGAGGAGACACGUCCUUGUAGAAUUCCACAAUGUCACAACUGAUUUCCACAAAAACUGAAGCCAUCAGCUCCUCUUUCACGAGUGGCCUUUUUUUAAAGCAUCAUGAUUAAAAUUUUAUGGUAUUCUCUAAAGUGGUGCUCCAGGCAUAAUUUAAAUUCUUUUUCAUGACUAAGUUGCUUCAAAACAUUUAGAGAAAAAAAUGAAUGUUCUAAAAGAUGCUGUGUCCUUUGGUAAGAAUGAUUGGUUUCUAUUUCGCAGAGACUGAAGGAUGAGAACAAAUUAGUCUCAGAAAAUGACCUUUAAAAAAAAACACAAGAACCUUGAAAGCACUGCGUUUGGGUGAUGAUCACUGUUAUAGUUCAUAUUUCCACUUAAGUCCUCUGUCCAUGUGGGUUCUGCAUUCUGACCCUGCUGACUUCUGUUUAAGGACGGUUGAAAAGCUGACUAUCAAGGCUGCUGUGUCUAGAGAUAAAGGUGAAUCAGUGUUUUUGGGCUGCACUGUUUUGUCCACCGAAAUAAAACUUCUCUGAAUAAUGCAAAA